UAUUUGACUUACUUGCAUGAUGCAACUGCGUAGCGUCCUAAUCUUGUGGACCUGCCAUUUGUCUAUUUGUUCCUGGUUAAUGUUUACCAUGGAUUGUGUAUUUUUCAUCAGUUAAAAAAAAACUAUAAAGUGCUCUCCUUUUGAUAUGAUAAGAGCCCAUCCAAGAACAACCACCAUGAGAAAGCUAUUUCUAAUUGCAGGUCUCUGUCUGUCCUUUGUCAGUUUGGUGUCAUCUGCCAGACUGGUGUGUUAUUUCACUAACUGGGCCCAAUACCGUCCUGGCAAUGGUCGGUUCAUGCCUCUGAAUAUUGAUCCAAACCUAUGUACCCACCUGAUCUAUGCCUUUGCUGGUAUUAACGAUGCAAAUGAGUUGGUCACCGUAGAAUGGAAUGAUGAUGCACUCUAUACAUCCUUUAAUGGACUCAAACAGAGGAAUCCAAAUCUUAAAACGCUGUUGGCAGUCGGAGGCUGGAACUUUGGAACACAAAAAUUUACAACAAUGGUUUCAACACAAGCCAACAGAAAUACAUUCAUCCAAUCUUCUAUCAAACUACUGAGGAAAUAUAGUUUUGAUGGACUUGAUUUGGACUGGGAAUACCCUGCUGGAAGAGGAAGUCCUCUGGAGGACAAACAGAGAUUCACAGUGCUAUGCAAGGAACUCCUAGAGGCCUAUCAGUCUGAGGGAACAACAACUGGCCAGCCCAGAUUAUUGGUUUCUGCUGCUGUGGCUGCUGGGAAAGGAACCAUUGAUGCUGGUUAUGAAAUCGCAGAGAUGGCAAAGUACCUGGACUUUAUCAACGUGAUGACGUAUGACUAUCAUGGCACCUGGGAGAGUGUGACAGGACAUAACAGCCCCUUGUACAAGGCAGCUCAUGAAACAGGGGAACAAGUUUACCUAAAUACUGACUUUUCUAUGAGAUAUUGGCGAGACAAGGGAACACCUGUAGAAAAGUUAAAUAUGGGUUUUGCUACAUAUGGAAGAACAUUCCAACUUUCUAGUCAAUCCAGUCUGGUUGGAGCACCAGCCAGUGGUCCAGCUGCUGCGGGUGCUUUUACAAGAGAGGCUGGCUUCUGGUCCUAUUAUGAGAUUUGCACUUUUCUUCAAGGGGCCAGUGUCCAGCUGAUAGAGGAUCAGAAAGUUCCAUAUGCGGUCAAACAAAAUCAGUGGGUUGGAUAUGACAACAAAGAAAGUUUUGCGACUAAGGUUCGUUACCUAAAGGACAACAGAUUUGGAGGAGCUUUUGUCUGGACUCUGGAUCUGGAUGACUUUAAUGGACAGUUCUGCAACCAGGGAAAUUACCCUCUCAUAAGCUAUCUCCGCUCUCUUGUAGCCCAAGAUCUUCCUCCUCUUCCCACUACAGGACCCAAACCAGAUCUAGUGACUCAACAAACAAAUCAACCUCAUAAACUUCCUCCCAGACCAACAAUCACUACUUCAUCCAACAACCAAGACAACUUCUGUUCUACAAAGACUGGUGGGGUUUAUGCCAAACCUGAUGCCCCAGGUUCCUUUUACAAUUGUGCCAACGGCGUCACUUGGAUCCAAAACUGCCCAGCUAAUUUGGUCUUCCAAGAUAGCUGCAAAUGUUGUAACUGGCCUUAAAAGCUUGCACCUCAUCAAAAGUGAGCAAAAAUAAUUCUUAUUCUUAUUAGUUAAUGGAUUUUUUGUUAAGUUAAUUUAACAAUGGGAACGUAGUGCUUGUGAGACUAUAUAUAUAUAUGUAUAUUUUUUUUAUGUGUAAUUGAUUAUCUUAUGUUUUCCUUAGAUUUUUUUUUUCUCUUUCCUAAAACAGAUAAUUAAACCUUAAGCAUUAAACACACAAUGGUAAAGGUUAAGGAUUGGUGGCUUUUCCACUACACUGUAACUUAAAACAUAAAAUGUAAUGUAGUAGCCUAAUGGUCUAUAAUAUGUAAAAA